UCCACACACAUCAAUGGGCCCUUCCCUCUUUGGUAGGUGUUCCAUCAAUACAGCUGCUUCCCUUUCCCCUUCCCCUCCCUCUCUGGCGCGACUGUCUUCUUCUCCUCCUCCCACCAAAGUCAAAAUGCCUCAAACUUAGCUUUAUUCCCAUUUCUCUCACACAAAAAAUAAAAAAAAAAUGUCGGAUGGCAAAGGCGGCAAACCCGCCUUCCUCAACGACCAGCUCUCCAAACGCACCACCAUCUUCGGCCUCCGCCUCUGGGUCGUCGUCGGCAUCUGCGUCGGCGCCGCCAUCGUCAUCCUCCUCUUCCUCCUCUCCCUCUGCUUCACCUCCCGCCGCAACAAGUCCAAAACUUUGCCAAAUAAAAAUAAAAAUCCCACCUUUAUCCCCACCGUUUCCAGAGAAAUCCAAGAAAUCCGGGUCGACACCAACCCGCCCCGGGUCGACCCGGAUCCGGAGCCGGAGCCGGUGAAGAAGGGUGAUCAGAAUGACGGCGGGGGGCCGGAGGUUUCGCAUCUGGGGUGGGGCCACUGGUACACGCUGAGGGAGCUUGAGGAGGCGACUAAUGAGUUUGCUGAUGAGAAUGUGAUUGGGGAAGGUGGGUAUGGGAUUGUGUAUAAGGGUGUUUUGGAGGGGGAUCAUAAGGUUGCUGUCAAGAAUUUGCUCAAUAACAGGGGUCAAGCGGAGAGGGAGUUUAAGGUGGAGGUGGAGGCGAUUGGGCGUGUGAGGCACAAGAAUUUGGUGAGGUUGCUUGGUUAUUGUGCUGAAGGAACUCACAGGAUGCUUGUUUAUGAGUAUGUGAACAAUGGGAAUUUAGAGCAAUGGCUUCAUGGAGAUGUAGGGCCGUGCAGCCCUCUAACAUGGGAGAUUCGAAUGAACAUCAUUCUUGGAACUGCAAAAGGCUUGACGUAUCUGCACGAGUGCCUCGAGCCUAAGGUGGUCCACCGCGACAUAAAGUCGAGCAACAUCUUGCUGGACCGGCAGUGGCACGCCAAGGUGUCCGAUUUUGGCCUUGCGAAGCUCAUAGGCUCGGAGAAGAGCUACAUCACCACUCGAGUCAUGGGGACGUUUGGCUACGUGGCCCCUGAAUAUGCCAGCACCGGGAUGUUGAAUGAGAGGAGCGACGUCUACAGCUUUGGCAUCCUCGUGAUGGAGAUCAUCACGGGGAGGAACCCGGUGGACUAUGGCCGCCCCACCGGGGAGGUAAACCUGGUCGAUUGGCUUAAAACAAUGGUAUCCAACCGCGAAUCUGAGGGCGUGUUGGAUCCAAAGUUACCGGAUAAGCCCUCUACGCGAGCAUUGAAGCGCGCCCUUUUGGUCGCGUUGAGAUGUGUGGACCCGAACGCCCAAAAAAGGCCGAAGAUGGGCCAUGUAGUCCACAUGCUCGAAGCAGACGAUUUCCCUUUUCGUGAUGAUCGCAGAGGAGGCGUGAAGGAACAGCACGGGAAAUCAAGUCGCGAUGGUGCCAUGCCAAUGGAGAAGCGGUUGAACGAGCCGGGUGACAGCAGCGGAUACGAGAGCAGCGUCCAAACGGAUAGGGCGAUGUUGAGGAAGGGGGAAGGAGACGACGAGCAGUAGAAAGGCCGUUGGAGACGAGACGACAACGGCCUUUCUAUGUAAAUACUGUGAUUUUGGCCUCAGCUUUUGGCAUGAAAGGUGAUCAUAGCUCAUUUCAUGUUGAUAUGAUAUAGCAACUGUUAUAGAGUGUUACAUAAAGAUAUAUAUAGUGUUUACAAUAUGAUUCAUUUGUGGUGUUUUAUUGAAUUGAAAGUCUGUAUGUUUCCACAUAAUGCAAAGCAAAUUUGUUUGACAAUUUUCCAGAUGUAAUUAUUCUAAGCAAUAUAUGUUAGAAGUUAUUGCA